CAGCUGCAGAGAGCACCUACAACUUACCACAACCAGCUUCUAUCAGCAUACGUGGAAGUACAAAAUUAUUUCAACUGCUUGUCAGCUUUUUUACGGCGAUGGGAAUUAUCGACAAUAUUAAGGACACACUUUCCAAGGCGGUGUUUUCUCCAUCCACUCUGAUGACUGGACGAGGGGGGCUCCACAUGGCUCAGAUCCUUCUGUGUGUGGUCACUUUUGUCUUGGGUUCCUUAAGAGGAGGGAGCAGCCAUACUUACUGGAACUAUGCAAUGUUCACUUGGGCCUUUUGCCCCAUCAUGACCCUCAUAAUCACUGUUAUUGAAAUGUUCAAACUUGACAUAAUCCUCAACAUGUUUUGCAUGGACUGGUCUGACUUCACCACAGGGAUGGCUAUGUCUUCUUCACUUAUGACCGUCUCUGUUGCCAUAACAUAUGCCAACUUCUAUGCCUGCCUGAAAUGCUUUUAUGGCUGGAUAGUGAGUAUAUUUGCCUUCUUCUGUGGCUUUCUUUACAUUCUUGAAGUGGUGAAAGACAAAUUUAUGGACAAGAAGAAAGGGAGCUACCUGGCUGCUUUGCCUGGAUUCUGGAAGGUGAUGGAAGCGUUUGUGAGCUGCAUGAUUUUUGUGUCACUGACUGGUUACAGAGACCAGCCAGCUCUCAUCGUGUGUGUUAUAGCGUAUAUCAUUCCUUUUCCCAUCCUCCCUCUCAUCAUAGCCACCAACAUCCUCAAAAAACUGAAGACCUGUUUGCCCUUUAAUCUGGACAGGUUUGUUUUUAUUUUCCUGGUGAUCUCUGUUGUGCUAUAUAUCUUUACUGCUAUUGUGUGGCCCAUUUUCAUGUUCAGAAACAAUCCUCGUCCCAGUCACUGUCCACCCAGCUAUUGCAUAUGGGCCAUUCAGUUUAUGGUUGCAUUUCUGACAUAUGUGAAUCUUAUACUUUUUACAGUUGACCUAAUUUUUACACUGCUUGGAAUCUGUGGCUUUAAACGCACAUAAAUAGAUUUGUUUCAGAAGCAGGAAUGCUUCUGGUUGAAUUUUCUAAAAGUCAUACUGGCUAGAACAAGGAUAGCAGUUAUACAGUUAUGGGUUAUUUUUAACCGCUGAUUUGUGUUCGUCCUUUUAUGUACUGGUGUGAUCAGUGUAAAUUUGAAUAAUGAGCUCUGUAAGACACUGUCAGUGAGUAUCAACUGGUGUAACUUGCACGGUGUCUGCAAAAAUUAAGCACACCAUUGUUUCUGGGAACAUAGACAGGGCUCCAUUAAACUACAAAAAAUGUUCUGAUUUAGAU